GCUGAACAGCAGACAGUUCAUGCGGAUGGGUACGGAGAGCCGGAGUCACAUCUCUGCAGUGUGCACACUUGUGAAAGAGUUAUAAAGGAUAAGGUUCGGUGGCGGGAAUAGCUGGUUCUUUUCGGAUACUUAAUGGUGUCUAUAUUUAUUCAAACAGCACAAGAUGGUGGUGACGUGUUAUGUUGAAGGAUGCCAGUCUGGAAAUGAUCCAAAAGAAAACAUUCAUUUUUUCAAGCCAAAUGAUAACAAUUUGAAUCAGUGGCAGCAACUAAUUGGUCGAAAGGACGUUAAGCUGAAUAAAAAGCACUCAGUUUGUCAAAAACACUUUGAAGAUGACCAAAUCAUCAAGCAUAAAAUAUUUAACGGUGCAGAUGGACCAAUAAUAGUUUAUGAUUUGCGUCGUUGGAAACUUACUGAAGGAGCUUUACCAAAACUCCAAACUGGACUAUUUCAAAAAAUUAACCUGCCCGUACGUGAUGAUGAAGUCACCGUGCUUCGAGAAGUACGGAAUACGAUUCAACAAAAUCAUCACCCUGCCAACACAAUUACUGAAAAAAGUGUCAUAAAUCAUAAGGAAAUUGCCCUGCCAUUAUCAUGGUUCUGGCAAGAAGGAAGUCUGAAGGAACAAGAAUUCGUGUGCUCGAAAUUCAAAUGGUUGGAUGAAAACGAGUUCGAGUAUACCAAGACUGUUAUCAUCAACGGAAACACUUGUACCCUUCGCUAUUUCAUUCGAGGCAAGCAAAUUUACCACGAAAAGCUCAAGUAUCAUUUCUCUACGGUAAAUGAGCUUACUUCUUUUCUUAAACUGUACGACGACGCACAAGUAUGUAAUGAUUAUCCCGGUUUGUUGAACCAAGUGAGUAAUAUUUCAAAACAAUCCAACUGUACUCCACCAGCAAGGCAGGAAGUUGCCCAUUCCAGAUUUGACGAGACUUCUCUGAAGGUACCGUCGAUUCCUCCAAAGAGAACCUACAGCAAUAUGCAACAAUCGCAAGCGGCGUCCAAGAUUCACAAUAGGAAUCCAGGCAAUAACGCCAGCGAAAACCUUGUUGAACCUGAAGUAACUAGUGUUCUUAUGGAUCACGCUUAUGGUGUGGCAACUAACCUUCCUGCCCCAUUAGUGCAAACAUCUUCUGAAAUCAUCGGUAAGAAAUCAGCGAUUGUGAAUACUUCCGCAGAUCAUCGUCAGUCAGCAAAUAUCAGUCAGCUUGAAGAUUUCCGUGGUUCUCAAGUUCCUGAAAGGCGGAAAGGCAACACCGAUAUUCCUGAAAGUCAUCAAGUCGGUCAAAUCGAAGAUAGAGAUUCCGUUACGUUGCAGUAUCCUAUUGAAUUUUAUACUUCUUCCGGUUCUAGUUUAAAAGAACUUGAACAGAUGCUGGUAAAGCGCCCCGAAUUCUUCCAAUAUUCGACCUAUAAUCUGAUUUCAUAUCAUUUGGAAACGUGGUGUCUCGGAGUUUACUCACCGUUCAAACCAGAUAUGGUCUCUCCGUCAUUCAUACAAUUCUUUAAUCCUCACAAAGUUUUUACAACUCCAGUGGAGCGAACCCCAAUUGAAAAUUAUUGCGUCACCUCCUGUCAACCGUCUUUCUUGGUCGAAAAACCCAAACAAGUCUACUGCCGUCGUGAAGUCAUUCCCCUUUGUCCUACCAAAGAAAUCAGGAAAUCGGCUUUGAAAAAAACUGACAUCGAAAAUAGGAAAAUCCACAACGGAAAAAUCCAUGUUACAUCUAAUGUUGAGUCAGUUGCUCAACUUUCCCUAUCUAACCUUUUCCAGGAUGACAACAAUUAUUUUGAUUAUCAACCUAUUGAAACAAAUCGACCUUCUGAAUUGGAUAAACCUACCGAAUCAAGUAUCCCGAAAACUGUCGGAAAGAGAGUACGUUCAUCUUUAUUCUCCGAUAUGGAAAGUGAAGUUGAUGACAAUGAUAAAAAGGACCUCGAAUUGGCAAGACGCUUUUUGGAGAAAGAAAUUCGUCGAAGGAAAACGCUACGGAAAAAAUGCCAGAGAUAUUCUACAAGGGUUGAAAGAAACAAAAAAAUGGCUCGCUCUCUUUUGAAAGCGCUGGAAGAAUUUGAGCUGAAAAAGUGCGAAAAUGAAAUAGUCAAACAGCCCAAGCGAACACAAGGCUCCAAGAAACCUGGCCCUCAGAUGCCAUGUAAUCAAUGCGGCAAAAUGAUUCUGGUUGCGCGAAUGAAAUACCAUCUUAAAAUUCACAGUGAUGUUAAAUCGCACUUGUGCGAACUUUGUGGCCGAGCAUUCGUGUUUAGAAAGAGUCUCAACACACAUAUUCGAUAUAAUCAUCUUGGGCAAGAACGGCCGAAACAUUUCAUGUGUAGCACUUGUGGUCACACUUGCACAUCAAGAAAUCACCUGGAGAAGCAUGAAAGGAUUCAUACUGAUGAAAAGCCGUUCGAAUGCAAAUAUUGUGACAGAAGAUUUCGUGAGAAAGGAACUUUGGUCCGACAUAUCCGAACUCAUACAGGAGAGAAACCUUACCCGUGCAAUAUAUGUGGAACCUCUUAUGCUGCGAGAGAAACGUACGUCAGCCAUUACCGGAGGAAGCACGAAAACAAGAGACCAUCAAAGGACCCAAACUCACAAUCACGAGUUAGACGUUCAGUUGGACCAUCUUAUACGUGCGAAUUUUGCCAAAAAGUUUUCUUUCGGCUUUUGGCGUACGAAAAACACCGUUCCGCUCACACUGGUGUGGCGGCAGCCAUCGGUUGUUCUCAGCCAAAUUGUGAUUUCAAGUACUCUGAUAUGAUGCAGCUCAAGGAUCAUAUGGUGACGCAACAUCCCGAAAAAGCCUACACUUGCGAUAUAUGCAAGAAAGUCUUCCUGACUAAACUGAAUUUGACUCUUCAUCAGUCUGUUCACGAUCCUGCCCGUGGGUUUCAAUGUUCUUAUUGCCCUGUGAGGUUGACUGCUAAGGCGAGUCUGAUUGCACAUGAAAAGUUGCAUACCCGAGAAACUCCGCACGAAUGUACUUUCUGCGAAAUGCGUUUCCAUAGCACUUACCUGUUGCAGAUUCACGUGCGCACUCAUCAGGCUGGUCAACUCAAAAGAAGGCGGCGUAGAAAAACUCCAGUUGAAAAAUAAACCAAGAAAUUAAAAUUCGAAAGAAAUUUCCGAAUCGGUUCGUUUGGGACUUUACGUAAACUUAGAGGUAUUUGUUAAAUUAUGAUUGGAAUACUCUUAACAUUUAAGUUGAUUAAAUUCAAUCAUUAAAUUCA